AUGGCGGAACACCUAUUGGAGCAGCUCCGGGAUGUGGUGGUCCUUCAGCCGAGUGACGGGGCGGUAGGUAACGGGGAAAUGGAUAUGAGCGCAGCAAAUAGCCAUAAAUAUUCGGUUGUAUCCACCUUUACAAACUCUCCGUUUGUGAAGGCUGUGGAGGAUACUGAAAAUAACGAGGAUGACGAAAAGGAGUUGAUCCGGCUGUUGGAUGAGCUGAGCCACCGAAUACACUGCAGUGACGCGGCAGAUGAUGUCGAGCGACCUUCCGGCAGCUUUGCCGUGGAGAAGGCAGAGGCCCUUACUUUGCGUGCAAGCCACAUGGCACCGCCCAUUUAUGGCUCACCAGCACCGGCGGGAGGCAGUCCUUUCAAUUACGCGUCAUGUGUCUCACAAACUACAAAGCCGCCACCGUCUUUUGCGGAGGCUGUGGCCACAACCCCUCCCCUCUCCGAGGUCCCGGUGGAACUGUCACCGUUGGCGGCGCACUAUGUCCCCCCAAUGCCUGCCGUACAGCAGGACCCAAUUCUUCUCCGCAACACACACGGGGUUUUCAUGCUGCGUCCCAUCACGAAGCCCACACCGCCGUACACACCGCCAAGCCUAACCUCAUCUAUCUCCCAGCCACCACGUUACGCACUGCCACCCGCAGCGCUUCCGCAAUCACAACCUCAUUUUCUUGGAAGCUCCUUGGCACAGGUGGGCGGGCUGGCCGACGCGCAACUACCGAAGAAAUCCGGUUUCAGUCCGUAUGAAAUUCCACACUCUAUGAACAACGUCAUUGGGGGAAGUCAAAUUCUGGGCACUGGAGGCGCUGGCAACUAUACAUACAUCAGCACCUCAGUUAAGUCGAAGUCGACCAGUCAUAUGCAGCCGCCCCCACCGUACCCUUCGUAG